CUCUCACUGUAACUAUAGGUGUAGAGCUAGACUGUGGUUGUGCUUAUCCACUUUUGUGUGCAGUAGUUUCGCCAAGUUGGAGUCGUUCGGAAUUAGACGCGCUACAUGUGUUUUUUAGUGCGGGAAAUGUCAAAGUGCUGAGAACGGUGCCGAAUUUAAAUACCCGCGAGGUGUUGCAAGUGAUUUCUUAUUGUUCAGUUGAGAAAAAUGCACCGCCUCCCCACCGAGCGGCGGAGGCGCGCGAACGCAGCAUUUUUUAGAUUCCGAUAAACUUCGAAAGUCGCUCGGACAUAUUUUGAAAUUGUGCAAUUUGUGUUUUGUGAUAUUAUUGUAUUACUACGGGAAAGUGUGUUCGAAAGUGGCGUUAGGUGACAAUGAAAAAUACGCGACUAUGUUUGUUUGACGUGACGAUAUGGAUUCUAGUUAUAUAUUUGACGCUACAUUUGCCGUCCAUAGAAAUGAGGGUAGACGACUUAGAGCAGCCAGUACACAGACAGGGACCGAAACCAGUACAGCAUCAGCCACCAGCUUCAACGCAGAAGCCGAAGACAGUGAGCCAGGCUCACUUGAAGAGAGGGAAGUGCUUCCACAUGUCCCGCUCCCAGUGCCCACCAGAACGCGGCACGUGCGCCAGGGUCGGAGACGCGUCUGUCUUCUGCUGCGACCUGGACAGCAUCAGCCUGAAAGAUGCCUUAGCAAACACAAUGACGCAGAACACGACGAAUCUGCACGUGUUGAACGCGACCAUCGACGAAUUGGACGUAUCCCAAGCUGUGUUCAGGCGGCUCGUGUCUAUGUCACUCACAGACGGCGAUAUCGGCAAGAUUGUUGGUCAAUUCCCGAAGUACUCAUCGCUAGCGUGUCUGAACAUCUCCAACAACAACCUCACCAGUUCCAAGCUGCAGCCGUCUAUACAGCGCCCGUUUGCGUACCUCUUCAACCUGACGGUCCUGGACGCCUCCGGGAACAACCUCACAGAGUUCCCUCUCAGUCUGGUGCAUAGCAACAGGAAUAUCUCAGUGGAUUUGUCAGGGAACAAGUAUCUUCCAUGCAAGCACUUCCAGAAAGCGAUGUACGAGACCAACAACAGUUCCCUGGUGACCUUCCUCCACUAUAAUCAGACAUACUGCGCACUAGACCUGGAGUUCAACUGGUUCAAAGAUGUGCAGAUUGUGCUGAUCGACCAUCUGCGGGUGCAGAAAGAGCUCAACGCCAGUUGCCGAAGAAUGGAACCUGAGAAUAUCAACUGCACUUGCGUGUUGGAACGUCUGGAGCGUGGGGAAGAGGUGACCAACCUGGUCGCUGUGGACUGCUCCCAGCGACACCUGAAGAGGAUGCCCACCAACCUGCCUCCGAAUACAGUGAAGCUCAAUAUAUCUUACAACAAUAUAACAUCGCUUCAAGCGGUAGGCGAUGACCCCACAUAUGAGCACCUUCGGCAGCUGAUAGUAGACUACAACGAUAUAGUGAACAUCGUGGAGCUGGAGGGCACCAAGUUCAUAGACAACUUCAUCUUCUUCUCCAUUGUACACAAUAAACUUAAAACUAUCCACACAUAUGUGCUAUGGAAUCGCUUUGACACUACGGGCCCUACUUUCUUGAUAGCAGGCAAUCGUAUACACUGCGAUUGUAACACUGAAAAAAUGCUAAAGCCGUGGCUACAGGAAAACUUCAAAAACAUACCGGACUACAAAAGUCUAGAAUGCCAGGACAACAUGGGUGCUGUGGUGGAACUAAUUGAGUCACGUGUCUGCCACACGCCCCGAGAUUGGACAGAUUAUAUCUAUUACAUCAUAGGUUUAGAAGUUUUAAUACUAGUUCUACUUAUUAGUAAAGUCUCUUAUGACUACUGGGUGUUUAAGACAGCAGGGUACCUGCCGUGGCCUGCAAACAAAAUGCCGAGGCUGCCGUGUGACUGGCUGUGCGAGUGAGAUGGAAGACAUCUAUUGGGAUUCCAAGGAAUGUAAUACAUUCAGCCAUGUGUUUA